GGGCCUGUGUCCAGGCUUCAAGGGCCGUGUCGGGGCCGGACACCUGCGCUCCUCGACGGCGGUGGCGGCGGCAUCCGGGCCAUGGCGGCCGAGGCGCGCGUGUCGCGCUGGUACUUCGGUGGGCUGGCGUCGUGCGGGGCCGCCUGCUGCACGCACCCGCUGGACCUGGUCAAGGUGCAUCUGCAGACGCAGCAGGAGGUGAAGCUGCGCAUGACGGGUAUGGCGCUGCAGGUGGUGCGCUCCGACGGCGUCCUGGCGCUCUACAAUGGGCUGAGCGCCUCCCUGUGCAGACAGAUGACCUACUCCCUGACUCGGUUUGCCAUCUACGAGACCGUGCGGGACCACGUAACCAAGGGCAGCGAGGGCCCCCUGCCCUUCUACAAGAAGGUCCUGCUGGGCUCCAUCAGUGGUUGUAUCGGCGGCUUCGUGGGGACCCCCGCGGACAUGGUCAACGUCAGGAUGCAGAACGACGUGAAGCUGCCCCAGAAUCAGCGCCGAAACUACGCCCACGCCCUGGACGGCCUGUACCGCGUGGCCCGAGAAGAGGGUCUGAAGAAGCUGUUCUCGGGCGCAACUAUGGCGUCCAGUCGAGGGAUGUUGGUCACCGUGGGCCAGCUGUCCUGCUAUGAUCAAGCCAAGCAGCUGGUUCUCAGCACGGGGUACUUGUCCGACAGCAUCUUCACUCACUUUAUCGCCAGCUUCAUUGCGGGUGGAUGCGCCACAUUCCUGUGCCAGCCCCUGGACGUGCUGAAGACCCGGCUGAUGAACGCCAAGGGCGAGUAUCAGGGUGUUCUGCACUGUGCCAUGGAGACAGCGAAGCUUGGGCCGCUGGCCUUUUACAAGGGCCUCGUGCCUGCCGGCAUCCGCCUCAUGCCCCACACCGUGCUCACGUUUGUGUUUCUGGAGCAGCUUCGCAAACACUUUGGCAUCAAAGUGCCGUCCUGAUGUGGCCGUGGGAGCAGCUGGGUCAUGCCCAGCCCCCUGCCUCAGUUUUUUCCAGAGUCCUGGAGGGUCAGCAGCUGAGCGCUGCCCUGAGC